AUGCCGAUGUGUUCGUUUGAAGGGUGUUUCAGUGGAAGUAGAAAAAAAGAUUACAGAAAAUCUUCAAAUGUUCAUCUUCAUAAGUUCCCUAAAGACCCCGAGAUGCGUAGAAAAUGGAUAGAUCAAAUUAAACUUGGAUCUAAUGUCACUAAAGUUAAUUUUGAAACGGGUGUAGUAUGCAGUAAUCAUUUUUCUACAGACAGUUUUGCUGGUAAGACAUUUGUUCAAAGUACUGCUAAUUUUUCACCAAUAACUGGCAGAAGAUUAUUACCAAAUGCAAUCCCAUUGAGCACGUUUGGAUAUUAUUAUGAUGAUAUUCCUUACAAUCGAAUGUCUUCAUCUAAUUCACCAUCAUGUACUAUUAUAAGAACACCUUCUGGUCCUUUUUCAGUUACUAAAUCAAAUGAUUUUUCUCAAAAAACUCAGUGUUGUUCUAACUUGGAAUUUAAUUUUAGUGAAUUAUGUAAUGAGCUUGAAGUUAAGCCUUUGUGUGAGGUUGAAAUAUUGGAAAACAGUAACGAAGAAUUUCAAAAGCUAAAAAGUGAUUAUGAAGUUAUUAAAAAUCAAAAUGAAAAACUUUCUGAAAUUAAUGAUAAGUAUAAAACACUUAUUUUUCAUUUACGCAAGAAAAUUAAAUGGUAUGACCAAUUUGUGAAAUUGGAAAAUGAAAGGUUUGAAAAUGAAUUUUCAAAUAAACUGAUUCAAGUGUUCACACACACACAAAUUCAACUAUUACUUAAUCCAAAAAAAAAAAACUUAUAA